UCGGUCGACAGUUUAUUGUCGGAGGUAGUUUGGGGUGACUUCAACUGACUUCCGCUUGUCAUUCAGCUGCUCGACGUUGUGCAUUUACUCAGCUAUUUCAUCUCAGAAUCUGAUUUUCACCGACAGACGCGAUGACACUUUUUCACUUUGGAAACUGCUUUGCCCUGGCCUAUUUCCCUUACUUCAUCACAUACAAAUGCAGUGGCCUCUCGGAGUACAAUGCUUUCUGGAGAUGCGUCCAGGCAGGAGCGACGUACCUGUUUGUCCAACUUUGCAAAAUGCUGUUUCUCGCUACAUUUUUCCCAACCUGGGAAGGAGGAGCUGGUGUUUAUGACUUUGUAGGGGAGUUCAUGAAGUCCACGGUGGACCUGGCUGACCUGCUGGGUCUCCAUCUGGUGAUGUCUCGUAAUGCUGGGAAAGGAGAGUAUAAGAUCAUGGUCGCUGCCAUGGGCUGGGCAACGGCAGAGCUUGUGAUGUCGAGGUUUCUUCCCCUGUGGGUCGGCGCCAGAGGAAUCGAGUUUGAUUGGAAGUACAUCCAGAUGAGCUUUGACUCAAACAUUAGUUUGGUCCAUUACAUCGCCAUGGCAGCUGUUGUGUGGAUGUUCACCCGAUAUGACCUCCCUAAGACCUUCAGGCUGCCUGUUACUGUGCUGCUGGCUCUGUGUGUGUACAAAGCCUUUUUAAUAGAGUAAGUCUCAUAAUGAAAGUGUCAGCAUUUCAGAUGGUUGGAAAGCAAAUACAUCGUCAUUAAAACUAUUAGGUUUAACAUUUAGAAUAGAAUAUACUUAAAACUGAAAAAAGACUAAAAUCAAAAAGAUUAAUAUAUGGUUAUUCUUUUCAAAGCUUGUAGAUAGACAUGUUACUAGAAUGAAGACCUAAAUGUCUCAAAAGAAACAGACAUACAGUUUACUGAGUAGAUGUUUUAGUGAAACUUUGAUUCAGUUUAAAAAUGUCAAAAGAUCUUGUGGUAUAAAACCACCACAAUAUGUUCUUGUUGACAUGAAGUCUGUUUUGUGAUGUGAAGUCUGUCAAAAUGAACCUUGCUUGAUAAAGUGUAAGAGUGUAAGGAGGUUUUUUUUUUUUUUUUUUUUUUGUUUAAACU